UGCGAAUCUGGAUGCCAUCAACAUCGUCGACUUCAUGCACGAGGAAGCUCACGAGUUCUCUCGCAGAACUCACCAAUGCAUGAUGGUUGGCGUUACUGGGCCGCCAGUAGUGCCGACAGCGCAAAAGUUGGUUCAACUGCGGUGUUAUCGGUUCACCUACUCUGUCAAAAUUCAGUACUGGAUGAAGAAUUUGGUGAAUCUGUAGAGGGUUUUCUUAGCAUCUCACUUAUAAGACCUGUUGGACCGACCAGGUUCGUAGUUCAAUGGAAGCAACGAACCGAAAUGAAAGGACACUAUGAAGAAAGCCAGUGGAUAACAGCUUCAGUGGAACAUGAUACAUUAUUCAAAGUUAGGGGACUCAUUCCCGGUCUUCAAUAUCGGUUUAUGGUAACAGCUGUUGGCACAAACGGUAGACUGGGAGACACUAUCACUAGUCCGUGGACAGAAAUCUCUAACGGCGUGACACCAAAAGCUCCAGAAAAUUCGCUGAGGAUAAGCAACGGCUACAAUUCGGACCGUGGUGUUAUUGCACACCUUCAGUGGUCCCGCACAUCUUUCGAUUCGUGCUACUACAAACUUCAACUGAGUAAUAGUACUUUUCAAAUAACUACCGACAUCACUUUGGACUCUUCCCCAUCUGUUCUUCUCCCAACUCUUGAAUUUGACACCAACUAUUUGGUAACGAUAGCUGCCGUUUCGGCGGAUAAGACUCAAACCAGUAAAUCGGUAACAGCACACUUUCGAUCACUUCAGUGUAAAGAUGUUCAUGGACAUGGAUCACUUCAAUGUUGUGAGUUGAGGAAAGCGAUACCCGAACCAGUAUUCGACUUAGCAGUUGUCUAUCGCCCUAAUGGAACAGGAGUGAUUUCCUGGAAACCCUCAGCUGAUCAACAAAACGUUCUCUUCUACCAAGUAGCUUACUAUUCUUUAACUCAUAAUACUGGAUGCGAAAUGCGUAAGCAAGUUGUCAACCUUCACAACGCAUGUUACCAACUAAAAUUGUUCCAGACCGCUAUGUCCGCCGAGGUUGCGCUUCCGGGCAAUCAGUGCGAGUACGUAGUGCGUCUCAUAAACUACGAUCUCAUAGGAAGGGAAGCUUCGGCUGAAGUUCGAAUACGUAUUGAACCAAAUGUACCGGUCGUUCGCCUCAACAAAUUUCUACAGUUUGAAUGUCUUCUGAUCGUUAUGUCUCUAGCCAUCAUGUUUUUCAUCUGCGUCCUCAUUCGCUUCAGAUGUCAAAGAAAAUGUCCUGUUCGGGUUUCGGAAAAACAGAACAGGCUCGCUGAAUACGCGAAAGUUGAUUUGUAG